ACUUGUUGAUUGUUGUUAAUUGUUUCUUGAGCAUUUGAUUAGUUGACUUUAUCAAACGUCACUAUUUGUUUUCUAAAUAAUGAUAAUAAAUUGAUACAUUAUCGGUUCUUAUUCUUGAACAAUCAACCGUUUUAAGUAUCAACAACUUUUAGGAGAUUUACCCAAGUGCCUUGGAAACGUUUUCUUCAUUCUUAUCAACUUAUCGAUUGUUGAGUGUGCAAAUCUAAAGCUCAUUUUCACUUGAUUUCGUUGUAGUUAACUAUUAAACCAUAACCAGAGACGAUCAUGGAUUCCUACAUCAAAGGAUAUUUUUGUGAACAUGAGCUUGGCGAUGACAAUGACAAGAUUAUCAGAGCUGUUAAAUGUGACAAACUAAUUCAUCAGGAAAAUACUGGUAUGCAAGAAUUGGUUGUUUUCGACAGUGAUGCUCUCGGUCGAUGUCUGGCCUUAGAUGGAGCCAUGCAAUUAACUGAGAAAGAUGAGUCUUCCUACCAAGAGAUGAUCUCAUUUUUGGCUUUAAACUCUCAUCCGGACCCGAAAAAGGUUUUAAUUGUUGGCGGGGGUGAUGGUGGUGUUAUCCGUGAGUGUUUAAAGCACCAUUGUGUUGAAGAGAUUACUCUUUGUGAGAUUGAUAAACGAGUCGUCGAAUUAUCCAAGAAAUAUCUUCCCUUCAUGUCCUCUUCCUUUGACCAUCCAAAGGUCACCGUUAAUAUCGGCGAUGGUUAUGCUUUUAUCAGGGAGAACAAAAAUGCCUUUGAUAUAAUUAUCACCGAUUCUUCUGAUCCUAAAGGACCCGCUGUUUCACUUUUCCAGAGAGAUUAUUACAAAUCUCUCCAUGAAUGCCUCAGAUCUGGUGGGAUUAUCUCAUGUCAGGCUGAAACGAUCUGGUAUCAUUUGUCUCUGAUUAAGUUUCUUCACACAACUGCCUCUGAAUUUUUCAAAACUGUGGCUUAUGCAACGACCAUGGUACCAACUUAUCCCUCAGGACAAAUUGGUUUCCUUUUAGCCUGUAAAGAUCAAAGAAUCAACUUUGAUGUUCCAUUUCAUAAAUUCACCGAGGAACAAGUUGAUGAAAUGAAAUUGAAAUAUUAUUCAACCGAAAUUCAUCAAGCAGCUUUUGUUUUACCGACUUUUGUACGAAAGGCCUUACAAUUAGCCGAAACUCCAUAGACAUCAAAUCUGGACUGUCUAUUACAAUAAGAACACAAUUAAAAUGCUAAUCCAUGUAA